AAAGCGAGGAGGAUUUGCUGGCCCUGGCCGCGUCGCGGCUGAGCCGCCGCAAGCGGGUGGCGGGCGCGGCCGUCGGGGUGGCCAUGGUGCUUCUGUUGCUGGUGGCCAUCCCGCUGCUGGUGCACAGUUCCCGCGGCCCUGCGCACUACGAGAUGCUGGGUCGCUGCCGCAUGGUUUGUGACCCGCACGGGCCCCGAGGCCCGGGCCCCGACGGUGCACCUGCUUCCGCGCCCCCCUUUCCACCAGGUGCCAAGGGGGAGGUGGGCCGGCGCGGGAAGGCAGGUCUGAGAGGACCUCCAGGACCUCCAGGUCCCAGAGGGCCCCCCGGAGAGCCAGGCAGGCCAGGCCCCCCGGGUCCUCCUGGUCCAGGCCCAGGAGGGGCUGCUCCCCCUGCCGGCUACGUGCCUCGAAUUGCCUUCUACGCCGGCCUGCGGAAGCCGCACGAGGGUUAUGAGGUGCUGCGCUUUGACGACGUGGUGACCAAUGUGGGCAACGCUUACGAGGCGGCCAGCGGCAAGUUCACCUGUCCCAUGCCGGGCGUCUACUUCUUCGCUUACCAUGUGCUCAUGCGGGGCGGCGAUGGCACCAGUAUGUGGGCCGACUUGAUGAAGAAUGGACAGGUUCGGGCCAGCGCCAUUGCUCAAGACGCGGACCAGAACUAUGACUACGCCAGUAACAGCGUCAUUCUACAUCUGGAUGUGGGCGAUGAAGUCUUCAUCAAGCUGGACGGUGGGAAGGUGCACGGAGGCAACACCAACAAGUACAGCACCUUCUCGGGCUUCAUCAUUUACCCGGACUGAGCCAGGAACCUCCCCCCCACGCCCUCCUUACCCCCUCACUCCCAUCUUCACCUACC